UAAAGCUUGAUCAAGUGCGACGUUGGACUUCAGUAUCCAAUAUUUAAGAGAAAUUAAGCAAAAAGAGAGAUCAGAUGGCUGAGGAAAACAAAGUUACGGUGCAUGGAUUAUGGCUUAGUUCCUACGUUAAGAGGGUGGAGUUGGCCCUCAAAAUCAAAGGCAUUCCUUAUGAGUAUGUGGAAGAAGACAUCAAGAACAAAUCCCCACAGCUUCUGAAGUACAAUCCCGUUCACAAAAUGGUUCCUAUCCUUGUUCAUAAUGGAAAACCCAUUGUUGAGUCGUCUGUCAUCCUUGAAUAUAUUGAUGAAACCUGGAAAAAUGGUCCUCCACUUUUUCCACGAGAUCCCUAUGAAAGAGCACAAGUUCGCUUUUGGGCUAGCUUUGUCGAGCAACAGUUGUUUGAGACAAUGAUCUCGGUAAUGAAAUCCGAAGGAGAAGCACAACAGAAAGUCACCAAGGAACUGCUUGAUAAAUUAAAGGUGUUCGAAGAGGGAAUUAAGAAGAUUUUUCCAGAGGGGAUUCCAUCCUCCAUUAACCACGAGAGCGUAGGACUCCUGGACAUUAUGGUUGUAUCCUGCUUCGGCCCUCAUGAGGUUCAGGAAGAAGUCCUUGGUUUUAAGUUUAUAGACACAGAAAAGACUCCAUUGUUAUUUUCUUGGCUGAAAGCUCUGCGUGAGAUACCUGCGGUGAAAGAGGCAACGCCCCCUCAUGAAAAGCUGGUGGAAGCUCUCAAAUAUCUCAGACAACUUUCCCUCAAUAAAUAGCAGUUGGAUCUGUGUCGUAUUAAGCUUAUUAAAUAAGUGAGAGCAAUAUUGGGUUGGGUAGGGUUGUCAGGUUUUGCUGGUCAUUGCUCUUCAUCCAAUAAUCUUUAUGUUAUAAUAAGGUGCGCGCAUGGCUACUAAUAAAUUUGGGUUCCAUAUCAAUACAACAUUUGCUAGCAAGUUUAUGUUCA